CAUCUUCUAAUUAUUUGUCCUUGUCAGCCCUAGAUCUCUCCAUUGUUAAAAGAAUAAUUCCUGGGGUCUCAUUUUUCAUAUGAAUUUGAUCGAGUAGAAAAACCAGCUUAAUUUUCAGAGGAAUUAAUGAAGAUGAUGCCAACAGGGUUCAGGUUCAAUCCCACUGAUGAAGAGCUCAUCCAAAUUCUUGAAAGGAAAGUUUAUGGCCAAGAAAUGCCUCUCCACGGACAUUUCAUUGUUGAAAGAAACGUCUAUGAGUUUGAUCCUCAAGAUCUUGAAUGGGACUGUAAUAUGGCUGUGCCUAUCAACGAAAGAUACUGCUAUUGCGUAAAAGAGAAUGAUUCUCGAGAAGUCUCAGGUCGAGGAUGGUGGAGAGCUACCGGCCAUGUUAAGACAAUUUAUGCGAACGAACGUGUGGUGGGUUACAAGAGGCCAUUGACGUUUCACAGGUUCACAGGUAAUGACAAAAAGCGCAACACCGCCAUCAAAACUAAUUGGAUUAUGCAUGAAUAUAACCUUGAAUCCAACUCAACGGAGUGGAGACUUUGUAAAAUCAAAUAUAAGGGAAAACCAAGUGCGCAAGAGGAGCUGGAGAAUAGCAGAAAAGGAGUGGGAUCAUGUAAAGAUUUUGAAGCCAGCAGUUCAAUAAUGAGCUUGCAGUCAAAUUUUGUUGGUGAGCAAUUGCAGCAACAGCGACCAUUGCAGCUAGAAAGUAAUUUAUGUGAGCCUUGUUUUGAAGCCGUAAGCCCAAUGGAAAUGAACGAUCAAUUUGGUCUCGGUGGAGAAAAACAGCUACAAUCUGAUGAACUCCUGCAGCUAGACAAUGUGUAUGAGCUAUAUUUUACACAAAGCAUGCUACUGGAAGUGAUUGAUGAGAAGCUACAACAAUCAAAAGCUUCAUGUGACCCCUAUUACUUUGAUGGUCAGAUUGAGCAACCUGCGGAUUCGUCGGAGCAGCUAUUUCUGAGCCUUUGGUCGUGGCAGAAUUAGCUAAAGUAAAACGGUUUGGUCUCUUCGGAUUCUCUCUCAAUGGAAGGUUUUCUGCUUAGAUUGAUUAACAUUGUGGCUUUCUUUUAACUUUUUAUCUUUUUAUCUUAAUAUUUGAAUGAAUGAAUCUUAGUAUUUGAAAGUUCUCGAUCGGAUGCCGACAUCCUAAUUUUUUUACCAGUUAGCUGAUAAUAGCUAUUGUAAUUGGAUUUUAAAAAGAUUAGGAUAUCCGCAAGAGAGAAUGACUAUGUUUUUAUGCUUAAAGCAAUGGACAUAAUGUUGAAUUAUUCUUA